CUUCGCCCGCCACUCGCCGGAGGUUCUCGGGCCCCGACGCCUCAGAGGUCCCGGCGGCUGGGCCCGGCGGGACGGCGCGCGGCCGCGGCUGGCCUCCCAGGAAAAGGCACAGCUUCGAAGGUGGAGGAAGGAUUCGACACGGUGCUGGGGAACGUGAGCCAUCCAUUCAACCGAGACAGAGAUGUCGGCUCCUUUGUAGGAAUCACUUGAAGCCAGAGUCAUGGUGGACGUGGGAAAGUGGCCCAUCUUCACUCUGCUGUCGCCUCAGGAGAUCGCGUCCAUCCGGAAAGCUUGCGUCUUCGGCACCUCAGCCAACGAAGCGCUCUAUGUCACUGACAGCGACGAGGUCUUUGUAUUUGGACUGAACUACAGUAACUGUUUAGGAACUGGAGAUAACCAGAGUACACUGGUACCCAAAAAGCUGGACGCCUUAUGUGGAAAGAAGAUUAAGAGCCUUAGUUACGGGAGUGGACCCCACGUUCUUCUCAGCACGGAAGAUGGAGUCGUGUAUGCCUGGGGCCACAAUGGUUACAGCCAGCUUGGGAAUGGGACAACCAACCAAGGCCUGGCACCCAUCCAGGUCUGCACCAACCUCUUGAUCAAGCAAGUGGUUGAAGUAGCUUGUGGCUCGCAUCAUUCAAUGGCCCUGGCAGCUGAUGGAGAGGUAUUUGCUUGGGGCUAUAACAACUGUGGCCAGGUGGGGUCAGGGUCCACCGCAAAUCAACCAACUCCUCGGAAAGUGACAAACUGUUUACAUAUUAAGAGGGUGGUCGGCAUCGCCUGUGGUCAGACCUCGUCCAUGGCUGUUCUGGACAAUGGUGAGGUGUAUGGCUGGGGCUACAAUGGCAAUGGUCAGCUCGGCUUGGGAAACAAUGGCAAUCAGCUGACCCCCGUGAGAGUGGCAGCUUUGCACAGUGUGUGUGUCAACCAGAUUGUCUGCGGCUAUGCACAUACUCUAGCACUAACCGAUGAGGGCUUGCUGUAUGCCUGGGGAGCUAACACGUAUGGGCAGCUGGGAACUGGCAAUAAAAAUAACCUGCUAAGCCCAGCACACAUCAUGGUGGAGAAAGAAAGGGUGAUAGAGAUUGCGGCCUGCCACUCGGCGCACACGUCGGCCGCCAAGACGCAGGGCGGCCACGUGUACAUGUGGGGCCAGUGCCGCGGCCAGUCGGUGACCCUGCCGCACCUCACGCACUUCUCCUCCACCGACGACGUGUUCGCCUGCUUCGCCACGCCCGCCGUCACGUGGCGCCUCCUGUCUGCGGAGCAUGAAGACUUUCUAACAGUUGCAGAGUCACUGAAGAAAGAAUUUGACAGUCCAGAAACUGCCGAUCUGAAGUUUCGAAUUGAUGGGAAAUACAUCCAUGUCCAUAAAGCUGUUUUGAAAAUCAGGUGUGAGCACUUUCGAUCCAUGUUCCAGUCUUACUGGAAUGAGGACAUGAAGGAGGUGAUAGAGAUAGACCAGUUCUCCUAUGCUGUGUACCGUGCCUUUCUCCAGUACCUCUACACAGACGCAGUGGACCUGCCCCCUGAGGAUGCCAUAGGUCUUCUGGACUUGGCGACGUCCUACUGUGAAAACAGGCUGAAGAAACUUUGCCAGCAUAUCAUCAAGCGAGGCAUCACCGUGGAGAAUGCCUUCUCACUGUUCUCCGCCGCAGUCAGAUACGACGCAGAGGAUUUAGAAGAAUUCUGCUUUAAGUUUUGCAUCAAUCAUUUGACAGAAGUCACACAGACUGCAGCAUUUUGGCAAAUGGAUGGCCCUCUCCUAAAGGAAUUCAUUGCUAAAGCCAGUAAAUGUGGAGCCUUUAAGAACUGAAGCCCAAGACUGCUGGGUUUUGUGUGAGUGCUCUGGGGCUGGUGAAGGCUUAUCGUUUGUGCUCUAUGGGGGAUGUAAUUCUGCAGGUAAAAAAAAAACAAAACCAUCACAUGUCUU